AUGUAUCCUUCCGUUGUUUUCACCGCUGAGUCUUCGGCUCCCUCUUCACCCGCCGAGACUACUCACAGCUACUCCCCUUCCUUCAUCCCUGCUGAGUUUGGUCCCCAGCCUAUUCAGUGCCCCCAUAGCACUCGAUGCGAGUGUACCGGCUGCAGUGGAUGCAAGAACGAGAUUUCUAACUGGAGCACCAUGCAGUGCUCUAGCUGCAACAUGAACUGCCCUGCCUAA